AUGGAGUCACCGCCAGCCAUUGCCGCCUUGUUCGUCAUCAGCUUCGACAUCAGAGCCGGAUAUGUCGUCUCAUGGAAGCGAACUGUGCCGGGGGUUGAGGUCGAAGGGGUUGUAGAAUACAAAUCACUGCCCUCGGGGUUGCACAAUGUGACUGAAGACCUGGUGUACUUCGUCCAUGAACAGUAUGCUGGUAUCAGCGCGUUCCUCAACCAUCCCGCCACCGAGGCCGAACGCAAUGCGAAUAUGUUUGCGAUCGGUGUUCUGGUGCCCCUGAGCACCGGACGACUUGGGAAGAGCUGGCGCCACGCUCCAAGACUCAAGGAACUGACGCUAAAAUACGCCGAGAACAUGUCGGAUAUGCAGCAUCUGUGCGAUUAUUGGGACACAUAUAGGAUAGGAGGGACCGAUCCCUCAACGCCUGACUCCCCCCUCGAUUCACCUCUUAGUCUUCGAUUCCGACCCGGUGAGCGACUAGAUCACUCCAGCCACAACCGCGCCUUCAGCGAUGCAAUGGUAUUGGAAACAUUCAGGCCGGCCCUGACACCCUUCCACCCUGCUUCAUCGCUUCCGAGCUUCACGGAGUGCUUCGGACCUUUGAUCUUCCCCCUCCACAGAGCAGCUUUGCUGCGCAAACGGAUUCUCUUCAUGGGGGAAGCUCCUGUGCACACAUCCUGCAACUACGUAUAUGACCUAUCUCUCUUAGCAUCAUUGCCAAACUCCCUCCUGCAGCUACUCCCCAACGAUCGUAUACCACCACUACGCCCCCGUCCCCUCUUCAACGUCGGCAUCCAUGAUAUCCCCUACCUCUCCUCCUUCGAUCCCUCGCGCAGCAUCAUAGAUCUCGAAACAGAUCCAAGCUGGAUCGCCUGCUCCACCGACACCGUUUUAACCAUGAAACCCGAUCUCUUCGACGUCCUCGUCACUCUUCCCCCACCAUACUCACAACAAACCGCGGAGCGAGCCUUCCCCAAAAUCUCUCUAGUCCAUAAAACAGGCGGCAAACCCAACCAAACCCAACAAAUCGAGCUCAAAGCAACCCAGCGUGACGCUCGCCGCUACUCGAUGCUCCGCCGCGGACUCCGCCAAUUCUCGAACGACCGCCCCACAUCCCCAGAACAAGGGCCCUCAGACUCGGACUCAACCUACUCCUCCAGCGCCGUCGUCGAGCCUAUUUCCUGGACCCGGUUGGCCUACACCUCCUUCAUAUGGUGGGCAUCCGCUGGUGAGAACCGCGAUGGCCUAUCAGAGGAAGAAGAAGAACAGCAGAUAGAACAAGACUCCCGCCUUCUGGCAAGCGUCGAGAGUCUCUCCCGCUCCCCCUACAACUCAACCUCCCAGCCCGACCCACCCCGCAACCCCCUCACCGAAGACCAGCAGCCGCUCGAAGUCGCGUUGGUCGCAUACUUCCGUCGUCUGACGUCGCAGAUCUUCGUGACGUUGGCUGGCGCCAUCGCGCGCUAUGAUAGCGACCUCGACGACGAUGCGUAUAAUGAUGCGCCGUACAUCGAUGACGAUGAUGAUGCCGAUGCCUCGCUCUCCAUGUCUCGCCAGUCUAUCCACGGCGACGAGGGGAGUUCACCUUUGCUCCGACAGCGGUCGAGUGUGAGCGGGUCUGCGAGUCAUGAGUCGAGAGCUGGUCACCGAGACGGCAGUACGCAUGAAACUGUCACGAUUACGGUGGCAGAUAUGGCGGAGAUGGGGCUCGAUGUUUGGAGUGCGACGGACCGGGUGUUUGUUGAGGAGUUGGUUUCUUUGUGGUGGGGUCGUGGUGCGAAGGUUGAUAGUGCGAGGAUUAGAUGUUGUGGGAUCUCGGUUUUGUAG